AUGGCUCCUGACUGUGAGGCUGAAUUGCACUGUCUUCGGAACCAGUUUGUCAUCAAGACGUUUCGAUUUGAACGUAUUCCGCAUAACCUUGCAAAAUUGAGGCGUUGGGUUGGCCGUGGCGAGGAGAAUACAACAGAAAGUACUACGAGUGUUACUUCAAAUACCACCACGGCUGAAAUCAAGACCCUAGGAAGAACCGUAUCGCUUCCGUCCCUUGGCAGACCGCGACCCCUCAGCCUUGAGCUCGUGAGGAGAGCAAUGGAAAUGCCAGAUGAGACCGAUGGUCCGGAGGGAAUCGACGACGACGACGACGACGACGUCGAAGAACAAGAAGAGGAAGAAAUAGAGCGAAUGGAAGCCUAUGCCUGUCCCGACCAAGAGUGGGAUCAUCGUCUAGAAGACUGGACUCGAUGCCAAGAAGACCGGGCUCAACAACAGGAAGACUGGGCUCGCCGCGAGGAGGAGCAGGAGAGCCAACGGCUGCAGCUGGCGAUGAGAUACAAGUACCCGGUCAAUAUGCGCAGGGCAAAAACCCAGUACUUACGGGCUAUGGAGAGGCAGGAGUGGGAGCAGGACAAGGGGGUGUUCGACUUUGCUGGACAUGGUCGUUUCUCAUGGGCAUCGGUGUAG